AUGAGCGACGGACAACGAGAUGCACCUGCAGUUGAGGGCGGGAGCGCGAAGGUUCUGGAGGGUAUUCACCGCCGUCGGGAGAAGCUCGAGCUCUACCAGUCGCACUCGCACAAGAUGAAGUCACUCAUGAUGAACAGUGCUGGAAUCCGCAGUGGGAUGAGCACAAAGAACGAACGCGCGUUGAACCCCAUCUGGACGAACUUCCCAACGCGCUGCGUCAAGCCGAUUCGCUCAGUGGAGGAGAUGCGGGAAAAGCUGCAGUACUUCUCCCGGAGCAACGACGUAAUGGUUGUGCGGUACCACCAGAACAACUGCACCGCGUGCAACGCCGUCGACAAGAGCUUCGAGUUCCUCUGCCACCAGAGCGCCGAACGCAUGCCAAACCUCAGGUUCUACGACGUGAACAAGGACGAGACGCCGGAGCUCGCGCGUAACCUCGUGCGGUUCCCGCAGGUAAAGGGUUACAGCGGCGGUCAUUGGACGGAUCUCGAGUUUAAGCCACCGGCCGCCUUCCGCGAGGAGCUCUACAGCGCCGUCGAGCAUGAGGUGGAAAAGCGCAAGAACGCCGGUCGCCCCGUCACGGCGCUUGAGGCGGAGGAGAUGUACUUCUCUGCCGCCGGGCCGUCGAUGCUGGAGGUGCUCGAGGAGUCUGUCGUGAAUUUCUACGCCAAGUCGCAGGUGCGGCUGCACAACUACUGGAAACAGGUGUCGGUGCGGCGCGCGUGGUUCUUCCGUAAGUUCAUCGAGCCGAAGGUUGACGAGCAGGUGCGGGACGAGUGGAGGCUGAAGUCGCUCUUCGGCGAGAAGCUCGUCUACGGCCCCGACCCCAAGCUGGAGGAUUUCUAG